AUGAUUCACCACCCACGAUCCUCGUCCGACUUCCUUCAGGGUCAGGUUCAGCAGAGCCCAGUGGGACGCUUGCGGUUUACCCAGGCUCAAUACUGCACCUCGAGUGUCUUUUCUCUAGACAAAUUGGAAACCCCGAGUGGUCCUGGACCUCGCCUUUCAGGAGCUACCUCACAGAGGCCACAAAUAACCCUGAGGACCAACUUUAAUUGGCACAAGGAGGAUGGGGAUGAUUCAGGGGCUGUCCUCGCAUCAGUUGAACAGUUGCUGGCAAAUGAUAUUGUUCUUAAUCCUCUUCGCUCUAACUCAUAA